AUGAGUUCCCUGAAACAUGUGAACCCCAGAGUGAAGGACAUCAGAGCGUCAUCACACAGCGAGCUGACCAAACGGGCUGAACAAAUCACCCAAGAGAUCACACAGGCGAGUGAUUUUACUCAAUAAACUGUUAAAUAAUUUUAGGUUUUCUGGCAUCUGCAAAUAUUUACUACUACAGCUGUGUGAAAUAAAGUUAUUUAGCUUUUAUCAAACCAAACAAAAUACAUGUUUAUUACAAAUAUGUGUGUAUUUAAUUAGUAAUAAUUGUCAGAUCAGAUUUUCCUUCUUUUACAUUUAGGAUUAUUUUGGUCUUUAAUCCAGACUGACUCUCAGCUACAGCUUUAAAACUGUUUCAGUCUUAUCUAUUGUAUGUAGACAUAUUUGGAGGUUAGUACCAACAAUCAAAUCCACCUUUUUAAUUCUCCUUUUUAAUCAGGCUUUUAAUAUUUCGUGACAUCUCCCAUUUGCUAUUUUAUCAUUGCUGUGUUUUCUUACCUUUUUAUUGUUUUGAUAUCCCCUGACAUUUGUUGUUGUAAGGUGCUAUAUAAAUAAACAUUAUUAUUAUUGUUAUAAUAAUAAUAAUUAUUAUUAUUAUUAUUAUUAUUAUUAUUAUUAUUAUUAUUAUUAUUAUUAUUAUUAUUAUUAUUAUCAUGUUAUUAUUAAUAUUGUUAUUAUCAUAAUAAUUAUCGUAAUAAUUAUUAUUGUUGUAAUCAUGAUCUUUAUUAUUAUCAUUAUUAUUAUUAUUAUUAUUAUUAUUGUUAUUAUUAUUAUUACCCUGUACUUUGACCUAUCUUGUUCUCCCUUUUCAUGCUUCCUCUCUGUCAGCCCCUCAGUUUAUAAACUUUUGUCUCCUUGUCCAGCAGGGGGCACUGAGACCCUUUAAAGAGGUGAUCGAUGUCAGCUCAGGUGAUUUCCACAGAACAGGGAUGAAACCACUGACAUUUGUCCGCCAGGUCAGUCCUUUGUUCAUCCUUCACUAAGAAAUCCCAAACCACUUUUCUGAUAAAUUUAUAACAAAUCCAUCUGUCUGUAUUUUCAGAAACACAUGUGUUUUUCCCUCAGAUUGACUGAAAUAUUUGCUGUUUUCUCAGGUGUUGUGUGUGUGUUUGUACCCUGAGCUCCUGGAGAACAAAGAUCUGCCUCUGGAUGUCAGGCAGAGAGCUCAGAGGUUACUACAGAUCUGCGAUGGGGGAAGUUUAGGUGAGCUCUUUUAAUCUUCUGUGCACAUUAUAUCAAGAAAAAUACGAAACUAACAUACCUGAUUGAUUUAUUAAUAGGAUCUUACACAGCCUCUGCUGGUAUGUGGCGAGUCAGACAGAGCAUCUCUGAGUUCAUCUCAAGACGAGACGCAGGAGUUCCUUCAUACGCCAAAGAUGUCUUCAUUUCUAUAGGAUCUCAGAAGGCCCUCAUGGUACAACCACAGUUUUAGACCUUUUUGCUGUAAAAUUAUGAAUUUCAGUCGAUCAGGGUAAAUUAGACCUAUCGAAAGUUUGGAAUAAUUUAAAGAAACAGGAAUACAUAAACUAAAUGUGAGUUAGCAUGUGUAAAAAAGGUGUGGUGAGUUGCUCUGUUGUGUUCAGACGAUUGUGAAGCUGAUCUCCAGUGUUGAGGGACAGACUCGUACAGGUGUCUUGACCGCGGUACCCUGUCCUCACACUCUGCCCUCCCUGCUGGACGACGCCGGGGUGACUCUGGAGCCGUAUCUGCUGAUGGAGGACCAAGGCUGGGCUGUAGAUCUGGAAGAGCUGCACCGAGCUUUGAAGGUCGCUAGAGGGCGCUGCAAUCCGAGAGCUGUUUAUAUUAGCAACCCAGGAAACCCCACAGGUAACCAGGUUAAGCUAGCAACAUUUACCACCCUUGUAAAUCUGACAUUACUACUUUUGUUUGUGUAUGUUUAUCAUCUCAGGUCAUGUUCAGGACAGAAAGUCGAUACAGGAAGUGAUUCGGUUCGCAGCAGCAGAGCGACUCCUCCUAUUGGUCAAUGAGGUGAGCUAAAACUGUAUCUUUGGAUCGGAGUUUAACGCCGAAGUUUGUUGCUGCUAGCCAAUUAAAAUAGAUAUUUAGAUAGAUAUUUCUUGCUAAUCACCCAGCUGUGUUUAAUAGUUAAUUGUGCACAGUGAAAACCAUAGACAGUUUAUAGAAUGGACGCCGUCUGCCUCCUCGCUGGGUGAAGCCACCGCGAGAACAGCACACCCUGGUGACGGGCUGCAGUAUAGGUCAUAAAUCCUGCCUCCUCCAGCAAUCCUUAUGGAGCUGUGGACAAACUUUAGAAAUUAAUUGAAGAUUUCAGCUGUAUGUCUCCUUUUUUUUCAUCACUUAUUUAUGAAUCACUAUUUUGUUUUAAACUCCAGGUGUACCAGGACAGCGUGUUUGGAGAGGGCGGAGAGUUUAUCUCCUAUAAGAAAGUCCUGUUUGAGAUGGGGGACGAGUUCUCAGAGGGAGUGGAGCUGGUCUCUUUUCACUCUCUGUCCAACGCCUGCAUGGGAGAGUGAGUCCUCGUGUGAACUUUUGUAAACUAAUAAAGAAAAUGUUAUUAGAAGAAAUAUACCGACUAAAUUUCUGGGAAAUGUUCUCAGCUGGACACCUCAUUUUUUAGUAUAUUGCCCCCUGCUGGUCAUUAAUGGGUGCAGGUUUGUACAUGAAAUUGUUGUAUUUGGAAAGUAGGCAGCAGGUAAAGUCACAUAUUUCCAGGCCAUCCAACCCUAAAAACAGCCUGUAGAUUUUAUGAUGCAUCUGUAUGAUAUUAACUAUCAUAUGUUUGGUUAGUUUAAUAACUUGGUGUUCCAGGUGUGGUCUGAGAGCAGGAUACAUGGAGUUCAUCAACUUGGACCCAGGGGUAGAACAUUUCAUCAGUGUUCUCCUGGACACCGAUAUCAGCGUCCCAGUCACAGGACAGCUCGCUUUGGACCUCAUGGUCAACCCACCAACACCUGGAGACCCUUCUCAUGACUCAUACACAAAGGUGACUUCUGUGCAGAGCCUCUCUUUAGGUCACAUUUCUUGCUGCAUUUAUUCAGUCGGGCUUACUUUGUGUUCAGAGUGUCUGACUCUACAAUAAAUGUCUCUGUCGUUCAUUUUCUUGGAAGGAGGUUCUCCUCACUCGAGCCAUUCUAUCCCAGAAUGCUCAGCGUGCUCAGAAGUUUCUGGACGAUCUACCAGGGAUGAGCUGUCAGCCAGUGAUGGCGGGGAUCUACCUCUUUCCCCGCCUUCAUUUACCAUCUGGGAUUAUUGAGCAGGCAGAGGUGGGAGUGAGAUUACAACCCUUCAUGCACAUUUGAAAACAAAGGGUCAUGUUUGAAUGAGAUUCCUCUUGACUGGCUUUGCACAUCAUAAUAAAUUGGCUAAAAAAUGUUGAGUAAUGUAACGUGUCAACAUUCACAUCUCUGUAGGAGUUAAAGGUGGAGGCGGAUGUUCUGUACUGUCAGUGGUUGCUGGAAGAACAGGGCGUGUUACUGGGAGCCGGGAGUCAGAACGGAGAAGCAGCUGGAAACCACCACCUGAGGUGAGCAAUAAGAAGUCUGAAUCACCAACACAUGAUUUCUAAUUCCGCUCAAAGUGAUAAUACGGCGUCUUUCUCCCUCAGGUUCUGUGUCCUCGUUCCUCCUGAGACUUUGGAGGAUCUUCUUUCUCGCCUGCGUUCAUUUCACCUUCGGCUCUUGGGCGCAAUUUACGACUCUGAAAAAAGUGUGGAGGACGCCGCUAUCUUGACAUCAUAA